GGCCCGGGGCCAUUUCAGGAGUAAGACUUUUUGUCAACCUUGACUUCUCUUUGGAUAUGGAGAAAGCAAAAGGCAAAAAGGGCUCCACGAAGUCGGGGGAAGACUACCUGGCUGGCCAAUCCCAACCUGUGUCGGAAGAAGCCAAAGAGAAACAGCAGGCGUACGGUGAACCAAAGUUACCAGGAACCUCAGCAAGUGGGACCAAACGGAAGAGAUCUAUGAAAGAAGGCAAAGCUUCCUGUUCAGAAAAGACGGCACAAGAGAGUACAAGAGUAAGAAUUCGGAAGAAAAUCCCAGUUCCUCCAUUACCUUCGAAACUGCCACCAGCCAACUUGCUUCACCGAGACAUCCUGCGGGCCUGGUGCCAAGAACUCAAGCUGAGCACCAAAGGCCAGAAAUUAGAUGUAUAUAAGCGAAUCUGCGAAUAUGCUUACCCAGAUCAAAAGACAAACAUUCCUGUCACCGCAGAGGAGGCCAAGAUUCUCACCCAGACACAAAGAAGGUUGAUGAUGGACAAGGGGGAAAUGUCUCUGGAAAGUCCUGGAACAAAGAUACCUUCUGAUGGAACCUACCCUCCUGAAGUGGCUGCCCCCGCUGAGGGGUCUGAUGCUCUCCUGGAGGGGGUCAAUACUGUUGUUGUGACCACUUCGGCCCCAGAUUCCGUGUUUGCCUCCUGGUCCAGAAUUGCAGCCAGGGCUGGGAAGAUGGAGACAGUGGCAUCGCCACAGGAGGCCCACGGUGCCAAGUGGUGUGUGGUCCAUGGGAGAAGUAUGCCUGCAGACACAGAAGGUUGGGUUCACCUGCAAUUUCAUGCAGGACAAGCCUGGGUGCCUGAAAAGCGGGGGAGAGUAUGCGCCCUCUUCUUGCUCCCCGCUUGUAACUUCCCACCCCCACAGCUGGAGGACAACAUGCUGUGCCCCAAAUGUGUUCGCAGUGGGAACCUGAGCCCCGCCUGGCAGAGGGUUUGGGAGUGGGAGGUGGAGUGGAAAGUACAGGUGUGCUUCCACGCUGGAUUUCUCUGCAAUUCCAACUCCUCCAGAGAUGGCUACACCCUCUUAGAUGAAUUUAGUGGCAACAGGAACCUGCAGGAUGAUUUUGGUGUUUGGAAGAAACCAGGGGGAGAAAUGUCCUAUUUCCCACCUGCAAACCAAAGUAACAGUCCUGCGGAUCUGUCUGCCCAGAAGCGCACGGGUGCUGUGAGCAAGAUAUGCGGUGCACUAGGAAUGCUGAUAGGAGGCCUCUGGAGCCAGCCCUCCAAAUUUCUCCUGGCCCCAAAGGGACAUGUAAGGCUCUCAAGAGUUGGUGUUGAAGCUUCGGAGUCGGUUUCUGCCAAGGCGUUGCUGGCUAAGGGCAAAUGGAUCUGCGUGAAGAAAGCCCAUGAACUCUCUGCCAGGGAGCAAAAUUAG